CUUUGUACCUAUGAAUAGAAUUGUUCCAUUAUUACCAAUAGAAUAGAACACCCUUGUUCGGAAAUAAUCGACUGAACAAGAGUGGUCCAUAGGAUAGUCAUAUUAUAGUAUUUUCCAAUGUAAUAAAGUUACGUAGUGUCCAUUUAUCAUUGAUAUAAUGGGUAUUUCCAUGGCUUUGCCUUGGUAUCGUCUUCAUACCAUUGUAUUGAAUGAUCCCGGUCAGUUGCUUUCUGUUCAUAUAAUGCAUACAACUCUGGUUGCUGGUUGGGCCGGUUCGAUGGCUUUGUAUGAAUUAGCGGUUUUUGAUCCUUCUGAUCCUGUUCUUGAUCCAAUGUGGAGACAGGGUAUGUUCGUGAUACACUUCAUGACUCAAUUAGGAAUAACCAAUUCAUGGGGCAGUUGGAGUAUCAUAGGGGGAACUGUAAUGAAUCCGGGUAUUUGGAGUUACGAAGGUGUAGCAGGAGCACAUAUUGUGUUUUCUGGCUUAUGCUUUUUGGUAGAUAUCUGGCAUUGGGUGUAUUGGGAUCUAGAAAUAUUUUGUGAUGAAUGUACAGGAAAACCCUCUUUGGAUUUGCCAAAGAUCUUUGGAAUUCAUUUAUUUUUCUCAGGGGUGGCUUGCUUUGGUUUUGGUGCCUUUCAUGUAAUAUGCUUGUAUGGUCCCGGAAUAUGGGUGUCCGAUCCUUAUGGACUAAUGGGAAAAGUACAACCUGUAAAUCCAGCGUGGGGCAUGGAAGGUUUCCUCGGGCCGGACGGAGAUUGGCCCUCGAGUGCAAAGGAAGAAGGGAGCUUGACUGCAAGACCCACCCGUCGAGCAAGGAUGAAAGUCGGCCUUAGUGAUCCGAUGGUGCUGAGUGUAAGGGCCGUCGCUCAACAGAGAAACGUUACUCUAGGGAUAACAGGCUGA